AUGCGGAGCCCUCAAGAAUACGGGGACAUGAGCCCCCUGACACGCUCACGGAGUGUGAGCAUAUCCAGCGAUGUCUCACCAAAGUCUAUAUUGUCUUCUCCACCACUGGUCGAUCCUAGCCCAGCCUUCAUUGCUGCCUCAUCUGCCUCUCAGAUUGUUAGCGUCGAUAUGGAACAAAAUGAAGUCAUCCCCUACGACGGAGAAGAAGGAUGCAUUAAUUCCAACAGUCUUGCGCUUUUGAAUGGGUUUCUCGACUACUUGCUGUUCAGCUUUCUGGCCUCGGCCAAAUCAACCCAAUUGAGCGCACUCCGUCCCGCCAUUGCCGACGUAUUAAAGCCACGAUUAGCGAAAGAGGUGGUAGCCGCUGCGGACGAAGAGCUAGGUGAAUACAUGGGUGAUGGCGAAGAAGACGAGCUGCAAGAAUUCCGAGGCGGUCGUGCACCACACGGCGAAUUCGAUCUGGUCCGAGCGUGGAAAUUAGCUCGUUUGAGAUGUAUGGUGUAUACCCGAUUAGGUGAUUUGGAAGAGGAGGAAGAAGAUGAAUAUAUCGCCAGGGAAGGCUUGGAUGAAACAGGCGGCGCACCACGACGGUUCUCUGGUCAUGCCGGAAAUAUCACACCAGCUGCUGCCAUUUUCUUGACAUCAAUCAUUGAGUAUUUGGGAGAGCAUGCGCUGGUUAUUGCGGCUGAAAACGCCCGCAACAGGGUGUUCGCAGCGGCAAGACUUGCUUCUAAAUUAGCAAACGCCGAGAUGAACAGCCAGAAAACGAUGGUCGAGGAGAGUGAUAUGGAGAAAUUGGCUCUAAACACCACGUUGGGUCGGCUGUGGAGAACUUGGAAAAAGGGCAUCCGCACGCCAACAUUGUCGAGAUCCUUUUCUAGAGAGUCUUUCAUCAGACGAAGCACUACCCCGAGUAGCAAAAAUGUCCUUGCUAACUUGGAGGAUAUCUAUGGCCGGGAUUCGAGACUGGAGGAUCCCGUGGAAGAGGAAGAAAGCCGGCCCAAAUCGGUUGAUCCAGCAAACAUCGCAUUGCCUAUGAAUGGCAAGGACAUUGACGAAAUCGAGGUACCUGGACUGUGGGUAGAUGUAGAGGAAGCCGAAACCAUGCAAGCUGCUAUUGCUCAGAAAAUGCGCCCGCGAAGUCUGCUAGUCUCUCGCUCUGGGUUAAUAACACCUACUUCUCCACACAGCUCUGCUGGGACAUGGCCAGCCACCAACUCACCCAAACACAACCGUUCACAGUCUGUUCCUGUUCAAGUCGAAAUUUUCAAACAGAGCGACCGUUCGCUGCCGCGUGAAUCGCCACCGUUAGAAACAGUGGCCGAGCAGGAGGUGACUGAGCCAGUUGUAACCACGGAGCCUGCUCCCAAAGAUAAGGACGUAACAAGUUCAAGUCCAAAGGAGGAGGAGGAGGACUUUACACGAGACAAGUCAGAACCCCUUGCUAGCGUCCAGCACACGGCUAGCAUUGACGAUACUACUCAAUCCGAUCAAGAUCGUCGUGCUUCGGGAGAUGAGGUUGUUGAAGGGCAAGGAACUUAUCAGAGACCUAAACUCAACAGUUUUUCAAUGCAAAGACCAAAAAGAAAACAAUCUAAAGACACGGCGAAAAAAGAGGACUCCGGCACUUGUGUGGUUGAAGAUCGAUCUAUCUCCACAGACUAUCGUGACGAUCAUGAGCCAUCGAUGCAAGGGGGUGAAAUCGGUCCUGACGUUAAAUCCGCUCCGACACAGCAAAAUGGUACCCAUAUGAAUGGUGUGUCGUCUUAUGAACAGAAAAUUCAACCCACCCCACACGCCAUAGCGCCUACUUCUUAUCCACGUCAACUCGAAUCAGACAAACAGGCAAUUCUCGAAGAAAAUAUUAAUCCUCCACACCACUCCCCCAACGCAAGUCGAUACGCAUCUUCCUUGUAUACAGAGAGCAUCGGAGCUCCUCACUCCACCUCGGACGAUAGCGAGGGAAGUGUUUAUCGAUCAAUACCUUCUCGCGCUGCAUCGCACGCGGCUUCGAUCCGGAGUCAACCACGUCAGGACGAUCAAUUUACCGGUCGUGAGCGGGCUACAGUUCAACGUGUAUAUGUACCAUCUACCACGUCGCAAGCUUCCAUCAAAUCUCGUCGGUCUACGAGCAUCAGCGAGAAGCGGCCUCUUACAUCUGGUUCGGGGGCAUCGAACGUGUCCAACAAGUUGAAGGUUCUUAUCGGCCGUCAUCCUGCGGAAACCGACGUGCCCUUGCCUGCUCCACCUCGCAGGUCUUCUGAUGCCAGUAGAUUUGCUGUUAAUGAGGAUGUGGAUGAAGCUGCUCUAGACGAGCUUAUCAAAAGUGACGAGACGAUACGAUUCACAUUGACUCCCCGUACUAUGCGAGAGAUAGAAUUGCCUGGAUCUCCUCGUUGGAAUACCGCCCGCAACGACGUCCACAAGGACCGUACUGAUACAUCUGACCUGGCCACUUUCUUUAGGACGACCGCUCCACCCGGACAGCCAUCUUCAUCGGCCCGUUUCACGGCAGAACGAGAGCCUCCAGUACCUCCCGCAAAACGCAAUCCUCCAUCAUUGGCAGAGACUUCAAGAUCUCAUUCAGCAAUUGACGCGGUUUCUGAAAGGUCGAGCCCUACAAGCUUACAUUCGACAGCUAGUCCCGUCAGUCGAACCUCAAGUCGGGCCAAAGUAGCUAUGCAGCAAGCUCGUGAAGCCCGAGUGGGUGGUGAUUCUGUCCGGGAUUUCGCCCAGUUUAUUCGUGCAACUGGUCCCCGACCAGAUAUGGCCCCUAAUGGUCAUGUUCGAGAUGGUUCGGACUCGGUGAUCAGUUCAUCCAGACCUGCCACAGCCCAGUCUAUGUCAUCGCGGACAACAGCUAAGCCCAGGAAUUCGGUCAACUCGCUCAAGAAAAAGGGACCGCGACUUCAAGCUCGUGAACCAGCUGGCCACAAUAGCAGCGAAACCUCGGAUUUGAUUGAUUUUAUUAGAGAAGGCCCUCCAGGCGCAUCUAGUCAUCGCAUUCCGCGUACGGUGGCCCCGUUCAGGAAUACCAUGGAUUCAGAAGAUCUUGCAAUGAUUGAAGCAGCCCGUGAUAACGACGAUACCAGAGUAACACCGUCUCUUGCAAGUACCGGUGCCGAAUCAAUAUCUAGUUCUCGUGCCCCCCUUAUUUCAAAACCCGGUCCCUCCGAUGCGCCGCCUAUCCCAAGACGAAAGCGUCGUGGCCCACGAGAUCCGUACGCCAUUGACGUUUCUGAUGAGGAAGACGAGGAAGAAUUCUCGGAACCUAUUGUAGUGUCGAAGCCACCACGAGCGGAAGAAAGUUUGUUGGACUUUUUGAACUCCGUUCCACCACCCGUCGCCCACAAGGCUCCCGAACCGUUCAUUCUUACUUCGUAUCCAGUGCCUCCUAAGUCUUCUUCUGGACCGAGCAUCUCCAGCAUGACGAAUCGGUUCAGACGAAAUACUGCCUCCGAUAAGAGCCCCACGACAAAGAAAUCAAUGCCCUCGAUGCGGUCGCCCAAGACAGUCACCAAGCCACAAAUAGGCUCACCAAUGACACAAUCGAAUGGGUUUUCUACAAACAACUCUGGCUACUCAGCCCAACUCAGUCGCGAGCGGGGACUUGCAUCGCAACCCUCGAUGCCUUCUCUAUCUCGGCCCUCGCGGCAAACCGAGACGAGUGCUCUUGCAGACUUUCUCAAGAAUACCGGUCCGCCCGAGCCUAUCUCCCGUCCUUCUACAAUCAUGUCAGAAGAUAGAAAAGAUUCGACCUUUUCCAAGUUUUUCCGCCGCAAGAGGCUGGAGACUUAG